AUGAACAAGGGUAUACAUUCUCUGAAAUGGGUUCUCUUGGAUUUAAUCGAGAGGUGCAAUGAUUUGAGAUCCUUCAAGCAAAUCCAUGCGCAGCUCUUGACUUCUACCCUUGUCACCAAUGACUUGGUUGUCCCCAAAGUCGCAAACUUUUUUGGGAAACAUGUCACUGAGAUUCAUUACCCUAUCAAUUUCUUGAAGCAGUUUGAUUGGAGCUCGAGCUCUUUCCCUUGCAAUUUGAUGAUUUCUGGCUAUGGUGCUGGUCGCUUACCUUGGGCUGCAAUCCUAGUUUAUAGAUGGUCUGUCCGAAAUGGGUUUGUGCCUGAUGUGUUUACUGUCCCAGCAGUUUUGAAAUCAUGUGCUAAGUUUUCUGGUAUUAUAGAGGUUAGACAGUUUCAUUCGUUGGCUGUCAAGUCUGGGUUGUGGUGUGAUAUUUUUGUGCAAAACUCUCUUGUGCAUGUUUAUAGUAUUUGUGGGGAUACUGUAGAUGCUGGUAAGGUGUUUGAUGUUAUGCUUGUGAGAGAUGUAGUCUCUUGGACUGGUUUGAUAUCCGGGUAUGUGAAGGCUGGGUUGUUCAAUGAUGCUGUUGAGUUGUUUUUGAGAAUGGAUGUGGUGCCUAAUGUAGCAACGUUUGUUAGUAUUUUUGGGGCAUGUGGGAAAUUGGGUUGUUUGAAAUUGGGGAAGAGGAUUCAUGGGUUGGUUUGUAAAUAUCCGCAUGGAAAGGAGUUGGUGGUGAGCAAUACUGUGGUAGAUAUGUAUAUGAAGUGUGAGUCUGUAUCUGAUGCAAAACAGUUGUUUGAUGAGAUUCCUGAAAAGGACAUUGUUUCUUGGACUAGUAUGAUAAGUGGAUUAGUGCAAUGCCAGUGUCCACAGGAAUCACUUGAUUUGUUCUGUGAAAUGCUGGAUUCAGGUUUUGAGCCUGAUGGGGUUAUACUAACGAGUGUGCUUUCUGCUUGUGCUAGUCUUGGGCUUCUUGAUUAUGGAAGAUGGGUUCAUGAAUACAUUGAUCGUAGUCGUAUCAAAUGGGAUGUUUAUAUAGGAACAUCAUUGGUUGACAUGUAUGCAAAAUGUGGUUGCAUAGAGACGGCUCAACGUGUCUUUAAUUUGUUGCCUUCUAAGAAUAUCCGUACUUGGAAUGCUUAUAUUGGUGGUCUAGCAAUAAAUGGACAUGGAAAAGAAGCACUAAAACAAUUUGGGUAUUUGGUUGAAUCUGGUACAAGGCCUAAUGAGGUUACAUUUCUAGCUGUUUUCACAGCUUGCUGCCAUUCUGGCUUGGUCGAUGAAGGUCGUAGCUAUUUCAAUCAGAUGACAAGUCCCCCCUACAAUCUUUCUCCCUUGUUAGAACACUAUGGAUGUAUGGUUGAUUUGCUCUGCAAGGCUGAAUUAGUAGGGGAAGCUAUGGAGUUGAUAAAGAAAAUGCCCAUGCCACCUGAUGUGCAGAUAUUAGGAGCUCUUUUGAGCGCCUCCAACACAUAUGGAAAUGUCAGAUUAACCCCAACAAUGUUGAAAUCACUUCCAAAUUUUAAAUACCAAGAGAGUGGUGUAUACGUGCUUCUGUCUAAUCUAUAUGCAACUGAUAAGAAAUGGGCGGAAGUAAGGAAUGUUAGGAGAUUGAUGAAGGAGAAAGGAAUUUCCAAAGCUCCGGGUUCUAGCAUUAUAAGGGUGGAUGGUAAGAGUCAUAAAUUUAUAGUUGGAGAUAACAGCCAUCCUCAAAGUGAGGAUAUUCACAUUCUAUUAAACAACCUUACCAAUCAAACCUAUCUUGAGGGUCAUAUUGAUACUCUCUCUUGA